AUGAAUGGAACCGAAAUUGAUCUAAUCAAUGAAUAUACCAAGAAUUGGAGUAAUGAAUAUGUGAAAGCUCUUGUGACAAAAACUGUUCAUAGAAAUGUGAGUUUUUCUUGAUUUUAUUCAGAUUUCAAUGAAAAAAUUACAGAAAAUCACAGAAAAAUUCAAAAACUCAAAAAUUGAAGAUGUUCACAAGUUGCUGGAGAUAUUAUUUGAGGAUGAAUCGAAUGAUAUUCAUGAAUGUUAUAAGAGCAAAGAUGAUUUGUUGAAAAACAUAAUUGCAAUUCAAAUGUUCUCAAACCAGAUGCUAUAUUUUGGUUGUCGAUUGAACUUCAACACCCAACUCUAUUGUUCCAUUGAUAUAAAUGAGGUUAAAUUUAUUACCAAACAUGAUGCACUGGCAGUUUUUCAUCAAGAAGUGCAUUUAGUUCAAUAUCCUACACUCAGCGAAUUAAUGAAGAUAUCGAUUCUUCGAGAAAUCUCAAGAAAUUUGGAAGAUAACAACAAGAGCCAUGAAAUGAUUCCUUUCAAAUUAUUGCAUGAAAAUGUCCUUCACUUUAGAAACACCUAUUUUCCUCGAUUCUCGCCUUAUAUCGAAGCUGUCGAAAUACAUCAAAUCACACGACUUUUUGAUUCGAAACAUGAUAUUGAUUUGAUGUUGCAAAUGGUUGCGGGAAUCCAUCAAGUAACAUUGGGUUUAUCAUAUUCGGACAAACAGUUACAAUAUUCUCUCAUUCAUAGAUAUUUAUCAUGCUGGAAGAAAAAUAUUCGAAAGUUUUUUGAGGACAAUCAUUGGUUUCAUGAUAAAUAUCCAGUUGUUCAAGGAUUUUACGAAACUAAUGAGAAUAGUGAUAAAUCAAAGUUUUUCAUGGCAAAAGAAUUGGAAAAUGCGCUGGAAAUAGCAUUGAAAAAACGAUAUUCGAAACCAUUUCCUAAAGGUAUUCAAAUAAAUUAUAAUAAAUACAUUUAUUCUAUUGAAUUUCAGGUCUAAUUUCAAUUGAAACCGAAGAAGAACGUAAACUGGGAAUAUUGAAGAUUGUGGAUUGGGAGACUUUUGGAAAAAUCAUAAAAAUUCUCAAAUUAUCGAUGACUGAUAUUUAUAUUCUUGAUGUGCCAAUUCGAGAAGUACAUUUUGGUCACACAUCUCCAAUCUCAACUCCUUAUGGAACUUAUUGUAAAUUGGCUUUGAAUUCAUUUAUUGCGUUAUUCGAUGAAGUUGCAAAUGGAAUGAAUCUAUUCCGAAGAGGAGGUCUGAAAAAGGACAAUUUUCCAAAAAUCAUCGAAUGGUUUGCGAAAUUGACUGAAAAUGAUCAAGUAUUUAGUGCUUAUUGGAAUAAACGAUUUUUGAUCGAAACUUGGAAAUUGGAAGAAAUUAUUGAUCGAGCUUAUAUUGAAUUAGAACAAUUUAUGACCAAGGUAUGUUUAUAAAAUGUUGAUUAUUUUUCAAAAAAAAAUCAUUUUUUCAGUCAAUUCGAAAACUUCCAAAUUUUCCUAUGAAAAAAUUCAAAGCUAUCAAGGAACUUUGCAAAUUGUCAACAGAUUACGAAGAGCUUUCUCUCCAAUUCAGAUAUAAUUUCAUGAAUGAAAGAUCUGCUCUUGCUGCCACUCUAUGGCCAUCUGAUAUUUUAUUAUCACAUCGAAUAAUUAUUUUCAAUUAUAUGAUUGCAUGCAAUAAGAAAGUUGACAAAUUUUGUGCGAGUCAAGGGUAUUUUUUGAGUUUUAGUUUUUCGACUACUUUACCAGAAGUGAACACGAAAAUAGUUGAAAUUGGAGAAGAAGAUUUGAAAAAAAUGAAAGAAGAGGAAUUCAUGUAAGUUUUUUUGUUUUUGAAGUCUAGAAUUUGACACUGUGUUUUUUCCUAAUAGAAAAAUGCAAUCUCGAGGAGACGCAGACACUCGCUGGUCUCGACACGCAGUGUGUCUGCCACACACUAUUUCUCCCCCUUUUUCGGCGAGAGAUUUGUCUGCACACGUUAAAGUCUGCGUCUCCCUCGAAUUGCAAAAAAAAAUACAGUGUUGAAGAUGACUUUCGCACUGAGCAUUUUGUGAUUCUGGCCUAGAAAAUUUAAACAAGCGGUUUAUCGAAAAGUUCGGCCACGCAAUCAUGUGCGCUCUGUUGUAAACAGUUUUUUUCGAAUUCUCGAAAAAUUUGUGUGGCAGACUACUGUAGCUCGCAGUUGUGUGCAAACACGGCGACACACAAAUGCAUGCCCCAUUGGUUCGUGAGGCUGGAGGACUACAGGAAGUUGUGAAAUUGAGAGAAUGUGAAAAAUACUAAAAAAAAAUACAAGAUUUUAAAAAUGGCGUUGGCAGUUCAUACUCCAUGCUCACAAUCAGUGCGAAAAUCAUCUUUAUGGGGUGAUUCAGUCGAAUUAAUCGACGUGAAUUUGUCAAUUAAUUGACAAAAAAUUCGAGUCUUUUAGGGCGAUUAAUUUCACGUUUUUGUCAAUUCCUCGCUUUCAUUUCUUGGCAAAAAAUGCGAUUAAUUGCAUAAAAAUAGAAUUUAUUUGACCUAUAUUUUGAAACGUGACCUAUAUGAGUUGGAAUUAUCAACAAAAAAUUGUCUUCUCUCAAUUUUCUUUCAUUUCGAAAUGAAUUCAAAAAAUAAGCAGUGAAUUUAGAACACGUUUCGAAAAAAAGGUCAAAUAAAAUCUAUUUCGUAUUGAAAUUCCUCAUUUUUGAAUGCAAUUAAUUGCAAAAAAAGAUGGAAUUAAUCGACAAAAACGUGAAAAAUCGCACAAAAAUGACUCGGAUUUUCUGUCAAUUAAUCGUUAAAAAAAGGAAUUGAAUCACUCCAUUAAAGUGAAGAAUGAAAAGUUGAAGUUCAUGCUGAAAAUUUUCAGGAAAAUUCUUCCAACAAUCCCACUUCAUUUCAAAAUGACAUUCAAAGCGUUGAAUGAAAGAAUCAAUGCAAAUAUUUCGAAUCGUGGACCAAUUCGUUGUGUUUAUGUAGGUUUUUGAAUAAUCCAACAAAAACAAAAAAGUAUUUUUUCAGAAAGUUGAAGAUAAAAGGAAAUAUGUUGAAAUUUGCUUGAAAUAUACGGAAUUUCUCGAUUUUGCAUGGACAAGCGAAAAUGAAUGUUUGGUUAAGAGAAAAGUGAUUCCAUCAAAACGAGAUGAAAAAUAUAAUGAUUUGAUUCUUUCCGAUAAGAAAUUAUUGAAUACUUGGAAUGAUAAAAAAGGAUUAUUCUCGAAGGAAAAUUUCGAAGCGUUUUGUGAGAGACUCGAAGAAAUGAGAUAUGAAGCUGAAAAUGAAGAAGAAGUUGAAUCGAUUACAAAAGUUUUGAAGAGUCUUGAAAUUAAAAACGCCAAGCCAUCUGUCUAG